GCUCGGUUCCGGAACAAAAAAGUACGCGCAAUUUUGCACUAUCGAUUUAACAAUAACAAAAUGUACUUUUCAUUCUAUAUCUAAUCUAUGAAAAGAUAAAAUGAUUAAAAUAAGACAGCAGCCAAAAGUGCACAUUCACUCUGAAGGAACGCUGUAAGCUCUCUGAAUGCCGCCAAUGUGGUGACUUGGAUUUUAAAAAAAAUUGACAAGUUGCUAAAAGGGCAUUAAAAGGAAUAACAAAAACAAAUACAAAGGUUUGAAGAACAAUUUGGAUUUAAUUAUUGAUUUUUAUAAGAUAAACGUAAAUGUCAGGUGUAUGGAUAGACAGAUUAUGGUGUUUUUCGAUCCUCUCUCUAUUUAUUUAAUUUUUUUUUGGAUAAAAUUUAUGUGUGGUACGGUUUUAUGACUCUAGAAGUACAUGACUGUGUUUGGUUUGUUGGCUAUAUAUCAUCUGUCGUGCAUGAUGCUGAGCAUUUACUGUAUAUAGAUAAAUGCACGAUUACACUGUGUAUAAAAUAAUCAGCAAAGAGUUGUUUACACUGCAGAGAGAAAUGAAGUUCCCGGGAUGUUCAUUCUGUGUGUACUAGACACUUAAUUACUCAAAAAUAAAUAAAUAGAUAAAUAAAUAAAUGUAAAUGAUAAAAUAAUAAUUUUAAAUACACAUAAAUUUAAAAAAAUUGAAAAAAAAGAAGUAAAAACGAAGGAUGUGUGGAUCGAUAUUCUGGCUUAGUUUGGUUGUAAAAUAAGUACAAAUAUAAAAUUCCUAAAAGACGAAGGACUUGUAAAUUUUCUAUGAUGUUCAAAAGUUGAAAUAUUUCACUCCUCCCUAUAGAUAAGAUAAGAUAAGAUAAGUUUAUUCCAAUUUUGGGCCCAGAGGGCAUAACAGUAAGACAGUUUAUAAAGAAGGAAAUUCAAAAAAGAAAGAAAGUUUACAACAUUAACUACAGGUUACAUAGACUGCAUGUGGAUGCAGCAUGUUGGGGAAACAAGUACAUACAUAUAUGAAUUGCUAAUCAUGUAUAUAUACAAGUAGAUGGACAUUAUCAGUAUUAUACCAAUAUAUGAAUAAUAAACUAUAAUGAUUUUUGCAGUUUUAAAGCAUCACUUCUUUUUCUGAAAGUUUGCACUAAAUAUUCACUCAAUUUGACAAUUACUGGUUUGUCUUCAUUAAUCAUCAACCAAGUAAAUUUGUCCUUAUUUGCUAGAUAGAUAAAAAUUUUGUUGAGCUUGUAUAUACCAUUAAAAAACAUAUUUCUCUCUUCAACAUAGAAUGGACAAUCAGUAAGGAAAUGAAAUUCAUCUUCAACACAAUUAAGGUUACAUAAUUCACAUAUUCUUUUGUUUCUUUCUAAAGAAAUCUUCUGGCCAGAAUUGGUUUUUGUAAAUUCAUAUCUUCCUCUUUCAAUUCGAAGGUCAUGUGCACUAAUUCGAAAUCUAUAUGAUUCCAUACGGAUUCCUCCCCCUCCCCCUGCUUGGGACUUUAUUGAGAAAUCAUGGGAAUUAAUUACAUUUGAAUUCACUCAUACAAACAUAAAUUUACUUUCAUGUUCAUCAUUUUUUCAAAAGUAGUUUGUUUGUGACAAGUGUGGUCAACACCAUGUCAUAUGUAAUCAAGGGACCUGAAGCAUAUGGUUCGUGGAUCUUGACCCUCAAUGGACAGUCUAUCCCCCGGAUUAGUACAUAUACUAGCAGUUUGUGUAAUUUGGUUUCCUUUGCAUUCGUGAGGAUCCGGUGACUACUUGUGAAUAUUGCCGGGGGGUAUGAUAUUUUCUAUUGAUAUAGCCAUAUGGACGGGAAUGUGAAGUUAUUGUCAGGCAAAUACUUGCAUCCGGGAACAUUGACACUUAGUUUCAAUUUCCAUCAUGUCCUACGGUGUCAUUAGCCUAAAUUUGGAACAUAUGAACUGCAUGUAAAGGUCAAUAAAUCAGAGGAUAUACUGCUAAGGAAGGGUGAAGGGCGUUCCACCAUUUUUUUUUUUUUUUUUUUUUUUUUUAGAAAAGUACACAUGAUAAGGACCGAAUUCAUGGAAUUUAUCCCCUCAAAAAGCAAAAAUUGAAAUGAAGUAGAUUUCCAGUUCUCUGUCAUAUUUUAUAUUUAUAAUGUAGUGGGUGAGUAUACACACAAUAAUUGCAACGUGACACUUCAGUCAAUGAGGAAACCACUAUUUCACAUCCUUUCUUGUAAUUUGACGUAAGAAGUCACUUUUGACCAAAAACGUAUUUUCAAGUGCUUGGUUUCGUUUUAAUUAAAAAUAUAUUAGACUAAGAGAUUUCAUUAAUAAAUUUAAUAUUUCUACAAAUUAGGAAGCUGCAGACAUAUGCAUUUUGUCAUAACAAUAUGAAUCUUGUCCUCGAGGUUGCUCUUUGUUUGCAAAAUGGAAAAAUGUACGAAAAUAUAAUACGAAAUGCUUAUUAUUUUUUUUUAAAUCAAAAUUGGAAAACACUUGGUAAAAAUGUAGCAUGUGUUUAUGGUGUCAUAUUCGAAGAUUACCAACAUUUAAAAAAAAUCCAUCAAAUACAGUUAUACCUACACUCUUCAUAAAAAAAAGAAAAAGGAAAAAGAAAACUGCAUCAAAAACUGUGACGUUUUUUUUAAGGGGGCCAAAAAGGCACCAAACGUAAAUAGUGUCCUUUGCAUUUAUAUGACUUGUAUUCAUAUGACUUACAAUUGUGUUGAAUGGUGCACAUUAGGAAUAGUAUAUUAUACCCCCAUUUGUUUUCCAAACUGUCAUUGAACAUCUGUCUUCCCAUUCUUACUCCUGCCCCCCCCCCCCCCCCCCCCCAGUGUUGACAUGCUUCAUACUGAUAUCCGACACAUGAGUUUACAUCUAUUAUAUUUAUUGAAACCAUUGGAAUCAGAGAGGAAUGAAUUCGGGUAUGUACAGCCUUAUCCUUAUCAAUCAGAUCGAAUACUAGCAACGGUCUGCCUAAUUGAAGACCUACAGGUAAUUGAAGACCUACGGAAGACUUACAAAAAUAUAAGCUAUUUACAUCAAAUCUAAUAUGAUUUUCUCAUUAAGCAUGUCUCAAAUAUCUAAUAUAGACAAAAACGUUUGAUAAAAAUAAGUUUUUAUUGUGCAUUUUCAAAGCUGGUUAGGGACAACUAUUUUUCUCUCUGCCGGGGAAUAGUCCCAUAAAAUGAUUCGUUGUAUAAUGGUCCUGUGCAGCUGAAUCCCAGUGUGAAAUACACAUACCACACCCAUUCAAAAUAAUGAACAGCACUCUUAUUCACCUUGAUGCUUCCCUUAAAAAGUGCUUUCACAUUUCAACUAUUUGAGCCAACUGACUUCUCAGAGCAUAACACUAUAUAAUUCAAAUCUACUACUUUAAAUAUACCUGGUACAUACAUAUCUAUAUGUACGUAUUUAAUGCACUAAACAAGCGUGGACCUUAUGUGUCCUACAACACCACCUCCCGUUGUUUUCUGCUGUUGGUCGAUGCGCAUGUUUAUGCUGUAAACUCAUAUCUCACAUAUUACGGCGUGACUCUACUUUUUUCAAAAUCUAUAUGAAACGGUGUUCUCUGACACCGACUCUUGUUUAUUGUUGUAUAUAUGUAUGUGCAUAAAUUUAUUUACCCAAGACAUAAUGAUAUCUCUGUCAGAAUACCUCUAUACCUAUAAAUUAGUACCUUAUCAUAUUUGAACACGAUUCCUAGUAGCUUUGUCCAUCACAGCAUAGAACUCACUACCUAAAGAAACUUUAAAAAAUUUAAAGAAGUUUAAACAACACAGAUGAAUACGAUAUAUUUUAUUAUUAUUAUUAUUUUUUGUUUGGUUUUAAAAUCUGAACAUGGGUUGUCAUACUAUGUUAGUGCGUAAAUAUGUGUAAUCACAGUGCAUGUGGUAGGCUUAUGUCAUCAUGAUCAUGCCCCACGAGGCCCUAAUUUGGCAACGAGCAUAUUCUAUUUAAUAGUUGGUGUGUGUGUGUGUGUGUGGUUCAACAAUACCAAUGUUAGUUGAAAUAGCCUAAUAUGGAAACCCCUUGUUAAGGAACGAACGCGUAGAAAUAUACAAUGAUUGUAUAAUACGCGCAAAUAUUUUGUACUGAAGCCGUUCUUGUUUGUUAAUUAAAUACAAGUACAUGCGGUAAAUACUAGUGUUAUGACACGGAUGAUGUAUAGGUAUCGUGAUAGCUAGAGGUGGUUUUGUACGAUUCGAUUAUCAGAAAUCACUAAAACUGUCCUUUUUUUAAUGAUGAAAAAAGAGAACACGUAAUAAUGAAAACCAAAACAAUCGUAAUUUACUUCACAAAUCGUGUACAUAAAUAAUCUAAGGUCUAAGGGAGGUAAUUCUAAUUUUAUAUAAUGAAAAAAAAAAAAAGAAGAAGAAAAUCUUCAGUGUAAGAAGGUAAAUAUGUGGCUAAGCGGCAAAAAUCAUUCAACCUGUUGAUUUGACAAAACACGUGUACCACACAGUUUAGCAGUUGAGGGCUUCAAUCGCUUCCUGACUGCUCCAAGAAGGGAUGGAGGACACAACCUGCAAAAGAGAGCAACCAUUAUUGCUGAAACUGUACAAGAAAGCCUCCAGUUGUCCGAGAGCAGAAGAUGUGACUUAUCAGAAAAUGAAAUCGAUCAUCGGAGACGACCUUCACAAAGUGCAGAUCGAGACGUGCUACUAUAUCCAGUUUUCAUCAGAUGAUGUGGAUUUAGAGACCUAUUCCAAACUAGUCUGGAUACUGAGCACACCUUUUCGGGAAAAUGAUAUCACCAGGAAGAGUUCUUUUGAGCAGCCAAAGGGAAAUACAUGCUUGAUAGAGAUAGGACCAAGAUUAAACUUCUCGACGCCAUUUUCCACAAACACUGUGUCCAUUUGUAAAUCUGCUGGAAUCAAGGAUGUGACGAGGGUCGAAUUCUCUACACGGUAUCUGAUGACUCUUUCAGAAGAUUUCCAGUUGGAUGGCGAUGAAGAACAAAGGGUUGUGGACAGCAUUCAUGAUAAAAUGACCCAGUGUCGUUAUGUGACCCCAGUGGAGACCUUUGCCCUGGAGGUCAGAUCAGAGGACGUUUAUGAAAUUGACAUCUUGGGGGAGGGCAGACAGGCACUUGUGAAAGCCAAUGAAAAGCAAGGGCUGGCCUUUGAUGAAUGGGAUUUGGACUACUACACAGAAUUAUUUCAGGAAAAGAUCAAAAGGAACCCCACAAAUGUGGAAUGUUUUGAUUUGGCCCAGUCUAACAGUGAACACAGCCGUCAUUGGUUCUUCCGUGGCCGUCUAGUGGUGGAUGGGAAGGAACAUCCCGAAUCUCUGUUCAAAAUGAUUAUGGAUACUCAGAAACAGUCCAACCCAAAUAACGUCAUCAAAUUCUCUGAUAAUAGCAGUGCCAUAAAAGGAUAUGAAACCACAGUUUUGGUUCCCAGCGACACCACUGUGCCGAGUGCGAUGUCAGAGAUGGAAAACGUGAAACGACACAUCAUCUUCACAGCUGAGACUCACAACUUUCCCACAGGCGUGGCUCCUUUUCCGGGAGCCACUACGGGGACUGGUGGGAGAAUCCGAGACGUUCAAUGUACAGGUAAAGGGGCCCAUGUGGUGGCCGGAACCGCCGGAUACAGCUUUGGAAAUCUGAAUAUUCCAGGUUACAUACAGCCAUGGGAGGACCAAUCACAUCUCUACCCCGGGAACUUUGCUUCACCUCUAAAUAUAGCAAUAGAGGCCAGUAACGGGGCAUCAGAUUAUGGGAACAAGUUUGGAGAACCAGUUUUGGCAGGGUUUGCUCGCUCCUAUGGAUUGACCGAUCUGAGUGGGGAGAGGAGAGAGUACAUCAAGCCCAUCAUGUUCAGUGGGGGUAUCGGUCAGCUGGAGGACAUCCAUGUUAAAAAGAACACACCUGAGACAGGGAUGUUGGUGACGAAGGUCGGAGGCCCAGUGUACAGGAUUGGUGUGGGGGGAGGAGCGGCCUCCUCGGUACAAGUCCAGGGGGACAACAAGGAAGAGCUGGACUUUGGAGCCGUUCAGCGGGGGGAUCCAGAGAUGGAACAGAAGCUGAACCGUGUCAUCCGGGCGUGUAUAGAGAGGAGGGAGAAGAACCCAAUAGCCAGUGUCCAUGAUCAGGGGGCAGGGGGCAACGGCAAUGUUCUGAAGGAAAUAGCCGAACCUGCAGGUGCCCUAAUUCAGGCCUCCAGGUUUCAGCUAGGAGACCCAACCCUGAGCAUCCUGGAAUUGUGGGGGGCUGAAUAUCAGGAGAGUAAUGCCCUUCUAAUCAGCCCCCGGGAUCAGGAUCUCGUGCAGAAGAUAGCGGAUCGAGAGAGGUGUCCUGUGAAUUUCGUGGGGACCAUCACAGGGGAUGGUCGGAUUAAAUUAGAUACUUUUAAGAAAGAAACUAUAUCUGUCCCUGCUAAGAAGAGGAAGACUAAGGCCAUGAACUUACCAGUGGAUCUCGAACUGGAACACGUACUGGGAUCCAUGCCGAGAAAGGUUUUCAAACUUGAGAGGACGACGCCCCCUGUGUAUGGAUUAUCGUUACCGGAGAACCUCCAGAUUCGGGAUGGUCUGGAGCGAGUUUUGAGGCUUCCAUCUGUUGCCAGCAAGAGAUACCUCACAAACAAGGUAGACAGGUGUGUGACAGGUCUGGUUGCCCAGCAACAGUGUGUUGGUUCUCUACAUACGCCUCUGGCAGAUGUUGCCGUGACAGCACUGAGUUACUUAGACAAGGUUGGAUCUUGCACUGCAAUAGGAGAACAGCCAGUCAAAGGCCUGAUAAAUGCAGCCUGUGGAGCUCGCCUUUCAGUCGGAGAGGCCCUCACUAACCUGGUAUUUGCCAAAGUCACAGAUAUUAAGGACAUCAAGUGUAGUGGCAACUGGAUGUGGCCUGCCAAACUUCCAGGAGAGGGUAACGCUUUACUGGAGGCAUGUUCAGCCAUGUGUGACAUCAUGAAGGAUCUUGGGAUAGCUGUAGAUGGCGGCAAAGACUCGUUAAGCAUGGCAGCCAGAGUGGGGAGUCAGACUGUAAAAUCUCCAGGUACACUUGUGAUAUCUGCUUAUGCUGCUUGUCCAGACAUAAUGAUGACCGUUACUCCUGACCUCAAAUGUCCAGACAAUAAAGGUUGUUUGCUGUUGGUGGAUCUUGCAGACGGAAACCAUCGACUCGGGGGCUCAGCUCUGGCCCAGUGUUACAAACAGUUGGGUGACCUUUGUCCUGAUCUGGAUCAACCUGAGGUUUUCCGUAAAGCAUUCAAUGUCACACAAAAGCUGAUAGGAGAGAGGAAGGUGUCUGCUGGACAUGAUGUCAGUGAUGGAGGCCUAGUCACAGCUGUCCUGGAGAUGGCUCUCGCUGGAAAUUGUGGAAUAGAUGUAAACUUAGAAUUCAUUCAGAAAGAUUGUAGUGCCAUAGAUGUGUUGUUCUCAGAAGAGCUUGGUCUGAUUCUAGAAGUGCCAUUUAGUGAGAGUGCUUAUGUACUGGGAGAAUACGCAACACAAAAUGUUCCCUGUUAUUCGAUUGGUCACUCUUGUAAACAAAGCAACCCUUCUGAUGCUGUGGUAAACAUAUCCAUCAGAGGCAAUGAGGUCAUGAAAGAGAAGAUGACGAUAUUGAGAGACAUCUGGGAGGAAACAAGUUUUCAGUUAGAACGUCAUCAAGCCAACCCUAAAUGUGUGGCCCAGGAACAGGCUGGUUUGAAAGAGAGGGUGGAUCCUCCUUAUCACGUUCCUUACGAAUCUGAAAUUAUAUCUUUCACUGUGAGAGGUAGAACUACAAGUCAAGCUUCCCCCAAAGUGGCGGUCCUUAGAGAAGAGGGCAGUAACUCAGACCGAGAGAUGGCGGCGGUGUUGCACCUGGCAGGCUUUGAGGUGUGGGAUGUAAACAUGGAAGACCUGUGUACAGAGAGAAUCAGUCUGGACCAGUUUAGGGGACUAGUUUUCGUUGGCGGCUUUAGCUAUGCCGAUGUAUGUGGAUCUGCAAAAGGCUGGGCAGCCACAGCCCUUUUCAACCAAAGUGUACGCGAGCAGCUGCUGAAAUUUAAGGAGAGGCCGGACACAUUCAGCUUGGGAGUGUGUAAUGGCUGUCAGCUGAUGGCGCUACUGGGCUGGGUGGCUCCUGAUGAAGAUCUGAAAGUAGAAAACAGUAACAGCGGAGUUGGACAGGGACUUUUUCUGGAUCACAAUUUAUCGGAGAGGUUUGAGUGUCGCUUCAGCACUGUAAAAAUAAUGGACAGCCCGGCGAUGAUGUUCAGAGGAAUGAAGGACACGAUGUUUGGCAUGUGGAGUGCACAUGGAGAAGGUAGAAUGGUGUUUCGAUCUGAGGAGAUUUAUCAGGAUGUCUGCCGAGAUAAGCUCAUAGCUGUGAAAUAUGUGGACGAUUUAGGGAAGCCCACAGAAGUCUACCCCUUCAACCCUAAUGGAUCUCGAGAUGGGAUCGCUGCCAUUUGCUCAGAAGAUGGCCGACACCUUGCCAUCAUGCCUCACCCUGAGCGGUGCUUUCUGCCCUGGCAGUGUGCGUGGAUGCCACAGGAAAUGAGAAGGAAUUUUGAUGUGUCUCCAUGGUUCAAAAUGUUUCAGAAUGCUUUUGAUUGGUGCCGGGAACAGUAGUAGGGGGUCAUGUGUUGAGGUCUUCUUGUGCUGAGAAAAAUUUGGGACCAUUUGUUAUCUACUCAUGUACAUUAAAUAUUACUCGAAAAUGGGGUGGAUGAAAUUACUGCAAAAUGAUGAAUUAUAGUGCCUUUGUGUUCAAUAUAACUGAAUCUUUGUGUGUUCAAUAUAAUAAAUUAUACUUGUAGCUGUUUCA